UUUAAAACUGAAAAAGUUAAAGGCGCGGGCAAAAAGAAGAGCACUCGGUAUUGUGUGCAGAGAAAACCCUAGAGAUUGGAAAAAGUGGAGAGAAAUGGGGCAUCAAGCAGCAGAUAGUUUAGUGAAUCUGUUGAAGAAGGCAAAUCAUGACCUAAAUUUAGUUCAAUUGAAGCUGGAGAAGGAGUUUCAACAAGUUUAUCCUGAUAAUGCAAAUCCUAUGAAGCUAGUUAAUAGGAUAAAGAAGGUACAAGAGGAUCUUUCUGCUUUGAAAGAACAAUGCCGUGAGCUUCUUGCUGCCAAACAGGAUUUAAUUGAUAAAGCUCAAACAACUCUUGUUGGGAACAGAACUCAACUCCAGAGAAUGCAGGCUUCCAUGGGCAUUACGACUACCCCCGUCGAUGAGGAUCCUGCAUUUGCUAAUUUUAACCAGAUUAUUGAUGAGUGGACUGCUCAAAUCAGAUCAAGGACAGGGGAUGAAGGGCAGAAUUCAGAAUCAGAGAAUAUAAACAAUUUACUCUUCUCAGCCAUAGUUCAAAGCAAUUGAUAAGCCUUGUCCAAAAAAUUCUUCAUUGAAAGUUAUGCUCUCUGAAAAUACUAUUGGAAGUGGAAUCUGUUCAGUUUAAGUUUGUAAAUUGUCCAUGUUUGGCAAAAUUAUCUUAUGUUUCCUGAGUUAAAUUUGUAUAUGGAUUUCAGCAAUAUGCUUACUGAUUGGGAAAUUAAUUGCACCUUGAAGUUA